AUGCCCAAGUACGAAAAAUUCGACAACGGUCAACCGUUGUCUGUUGACGACCUGAAGCAACAUUAUCAUCACUCGCAGCCUCAACAAAUCUACGGCAGCACUGCUCAACAGCUGGUGGAAACAGGCCCUGUCGACUCCUAUUUCAGUAAGGGCACGUACAGUAAGGGCUCGCACACUAAGAGCACAUACACUAAGGGCUCGCACAUUAAGCCCACGUACACUAAGGGCACGUGCAUUAAGGCCACGUACACUAAGGGCACGUACACCAAGUUUUCGUACAUUAAGGGCACGUACACUAAGGUCACGCACACUAAGGACACGUACACUAAAGGCACGUACACCAAGGGCACGUACACUAAGGGCACAUACACUAAUGGCUCGUACACUAAGGGCACAUACACUAAGGACUCGUACACUAAGGGCACAUACACUAAGGGCACGGACACUAAGGGCACAUACACUAGGGACUCGUACACUAAGGCCACAUACACUAAGGGCUCGUACACUAAGGGCACAUACGCUAAGGACUCGUACACUAAGGACACGUACACUAAGGACUCGUACACUAAGGACACGUACACUAAGGGCUCGUACACUAAGGACACGUACACUAUGGGCACUUACACUAAGGGCUCGUACACUAAGGACACGUACACUAAGGGCUCAUACACUAAGGACACGUACACUAAGGGCACAUACGCUAAGGACUCGUACACUAAGGGCACAUACGCUAAGGACUCGUACACUAAGGGCACAUACACUAAGGGCACGUACACUAAGGACACGUACAGUAAGAGCACGUACACUAAGGAUUCGUACACUAAGGGCACAUACACUAAGGGCACGUACACUAAGGACACGUACAGUAAGAGCACGUACACUAAGGAUUCGUACACUAAGGACACGUACACUAACUAG